AUGAGCCACAAAGAAAGACGUUCGGCUGGACAUGAUCCGGAUCCGUCUACAUCUAAGUACUCUGAAGAAUCUACCUCAUCACGGUCAUCAAGUCGAUCAAAGCUUUCAUCGAGUCCAAAAAGUCCUGCCGAUCAACGGAUUCAGCUGAAGCUGGCAAGUCCACUUGGUGGCGAACCUUUAACCUUCAUGUGGCCUUUACGAGAAGUUUCUGGGUACAGUGAAGGACAAGAAAUUUUGGAUGUUGUGAGGAACGCCCUCUCAUCAUUUCCCGAGCUCAACUUCAUUUUAAGACAGCAUUGUGGAUUGAAUCUCGACACGAUUGAUAAACGGGACUUCCAACAAAUGUCAGCACUAUUAGAUGCCUUCAACAAGACUUGUCCUGCUUUCACACAGUUGUGGAAAGGUGCUACAAAACCUGGCGGAGAAAUAUGGUCUGCUGAAAGAGCAAAUCCAGCUUUGUUGAGGCAAAUCUGUACUCGAGCAUAUAAUCGUGCAGUGGAUAAUGUGCAUCUUCUGAAUAAUCAUUAUAAAGCAUUUUCGUCUCAAACGUAUGGUGAAACCUCUUUCGAUCGAAUGCAAAUGAUCAUUCAAGAAAUCGUUCCUAAGGAUCGAGAUGUUUUUGUCGAUCUUGGUAGUGGCGUUGGACAGUUAGUAAUUCAUAUGGCUGGUGGUUCUAAAGUACGAAAGGCAGUUGGUAUAGAAAUCGCUUCGUUACCAAAUCACUAUGCUCAAAAUCUUUCGGUUGAGUUCAAGAAGUGGAUGAAAUGGUAUGGCAAAAAAUUUAGACCAUUUGAAUUACAUAAAGGAGAUUUCUUGGAUGAUAAGUUUCGUGACCUAAUCACUAAGGAAGCCACCAUCAUACUUAUCAAUAAUUUCGCAUUUACAGCAGAAUUAGAAACUCGCAUAAAAAGAGAGUUGUUAAGCGAACUCAAAGAUGGAACCCGAAUCAUUUCGACAAAACCUUAUGGUUUGCCGAAUAGAACAAUCACCGACAGACAUUUAAAUGAUAUAUCAGCAAUUUUGGAUGUUUUCGAGAUGGCACAAUGUGAGAAUGCUUGUUCUUGGACAAGUAAUUAUGUCGCAUAUUAUCAUCAUAUUAUUAAUCGAGCUAAAUUGGAAAAAUACUUUCUCUCGCAGCGAAACCCCACACUGAAACAGAAUAAUGGUUCUGAUAAUAGUCGACGAUCUUCAACAUCAAGCAAAACAUCACGAGAUAGUUUUCGAUGUUGGAGUCGGGAAUCUAGUGCAUCUCUGCCUAAUAAUGUUUCUUGUGGUCGGUUUGGCCGUCGUGGUGCCACUCCCAUAGUUGAUCGAAAUCAUUCACCUGCAUAUCAUGAGCGAACUCCAACACCGCCAGAGAAGACUAACAAGCUCCCGAAUUCAGAUGUGUCAGAUGAAGAUGAUUAUGCGACUGGACCUACUACUCGUCGUAAAUGGUUAGAAUAUUGCUCAACAAAAACUAAGCGUAUAGCUACGUCGUCAGCUUCAACAGAAAACGCAUCAUCAAAUCGCUCAAAAUGGUUGACACCAGAUUAUGAUUAUUCUCCAUCUAAGAAAAUUCGUAAAACUGGACAACGGGGGCGACCUCGGAAAGCAUCUAGUGCCAGCAGAGUUAAGACUUUUGAUGAUGAUGACACUAGAGAAGCAAUCGACUUGAUGCAUCGUAUGACACGUACAGCUAUAACACAUCCUGCAUCACCAUCAGUGCAUGAUUCGUCCUUGUUGUAUGUGGCGGAUAUUAGUUCUUCUCAUCCAAAAGAAGUGGGAUCAGAGCAGACGAUAGACACUGACACCGCUGAAACUGUUGAAAAUAAGCCAGAAUUUUUGUUGCAACAGAGCAAAUAUCCAGCACUGAAUCAAAUGCUUGAAUCGAUGCGUAUUAUGUUUGAGGCACAGCUUGAAAAGAUGAAGACAGAUACUUUUACAGAUGAUAUCAAAACGCAGAUUGAGCUUCAGAAGUCCUAUCGGGCGCUGCUACGUUCUCGAAUUGAAGCAAUAACUAAGCAAAUAACAAAUUUACGAACAUCUGGAAUGAACUAUUUUUAUACUCGUAUUGAAGAAUUGGGUAUUGAAGCAUCAACUCCAAGUUUGUUGUUGGAAAAUGCUAAAGAAAUUGUGGCACAUCAUAAGAAAAUUACGGCAGAAUGUGCAGCUUUAGAAAGUGAAAUAACUGCGUUAGAAAUGUCGAAUCAGCAACUAGAAAUGAAAGUACGCAGACGUGAAGAACAGGAAUGUGCUAAAAAUGCGAGCACUACAACUGUAUCUCUCGCGAAUAGUAGUAGUCACUUGUUAAACUCUUUUUGUGGUUCGAAUCCAAUGGCACUUGCUGAAAACCUUCAAGUUUUGACUGCACAGAACAAAAAUUUAUUAGUCCGUGUAGCACAACUUACCGAUAAGAACGAUUUAAAUGGUAAUGCAGCAGCAGAUGGUAACUUUGUAGUUGGUACACAAGAUGGACUGCUCUCACCAAAGCCUGAUAAUGCUGUAUUGUCAUUUUCAUCUACUCCAGGCGGUUUUGGGCUGCAUUCUUCCCAUACAACAUUAACUUCGCUUUCUGCUGGGUCUUCACCACUGAAACGUACACGGCAACGACAAAUCCGUAACGGUAUUAUGAGCAAAAAACCGCUUUCAGGUUCUAACAAACAACCUAAUGACCCUAAAGAAGACGAGGAAAUGGAGCGGAGGAUUCAAGAUAUUGUAGCUAAAGCCUUAGAAGUGGAUUGUGCUGCAAAGUGCGCUGAGAAAGAGCGACGAGCACGAGGAGAAAAGCGUAAAGAAAAAGUUGUGCUUCCCGGCUCGUUUCGUUCAGCGACGGAUAAUGCGGCAGCUUCGGUAACUGUUGUGCCAUCUCCUGACAAACAGUCUGUACUUUCUUGUAUUUCUUCUGUAGUGGCCACUACUGAAAUGAAUGGUGCCGAAAGCGAUAUGCGGAUUCCAUGCCCUGCUUCUUAUUUGUUGGCAAAAAAUAUUGAAUCUGCUGCUGGUAGCGUCAGGUCUUCUUUUGAUGAUUGA